AUGUCUCCCUUUCAAGCCUUAUAUGGCUACCCUCCCCCACAGUUAGCCAUCAAUGAUAUAGCAAGAUCAGUUGAUGAGAGUGCAGAAAGCUGGGUUCAAAACAGAAUACACAUGAUGGCCAUACUUAAGGAUAAUUUGAGAGAAGCACAACAUAGAAUGAAGCACUAUGCUGCUAAAAACAGGACAGAAAGAUCAUUUGCAGUAGGGGAUCUUGUCUACUUGAAACUGCAGCCCUACAGGCAGGUAUCUAUGGCUGUUAGGAGAAAUGUCAAGCUCAGUUCUAAGUUCUAUGGGCCCUAUGAGGUGUUGGAAAGGAUUGGUCAAAUGGCUUACAGGCUAAAACUUCCAGCUGGGGCUCUAAUCCACCCAGUAUUCCAUGUAUCACAACUAAAAAAGAGAGUUAGCCAUGGCAGGUCAGCUCAGUUCGAACCUCCUCUGAUUGGGCCUGAUGAGCAGCCUUUAACAGAACCAGUAGCAAUCUUGGGAAGGAGAAUCUUGAAGAAGAAUAAUGCUGCAUUGGUGGAAGUAUUGGUGCAAUGGGCUAAUCUAUCCCCAGAAGAAGCUACGUGGGAAGAAUACCAUCAUCUGAUGUCUCAGUUCCCGAAUUUUAAACCUUGA